AUGUCCGGAACUGUUCCUGGUAUGUCCAGAAAUGUGAAAGGUCCAGUAACCUUUCAACCAGAAUUACCUGACACGACUGUUGUUUAUACGAUGGAAGCCACCAUUGCAAAGCCACGAACAAGUCAAAAAUUGGUUACCGUUCGAUAA